AUGGAAGGAAUCACUCAGCUCAGUACCGGGAAAUUGAUAUCCCUUUCGGAGCAAGAGCUGGUUGAUUGCGAUACCAAAGGAGACGACCAAGGUUGUGGUGGCGGGUUGAUGGAUGAUGCUUUCAAGUUCAUUAUCCAGAACAAGGGUUUGACCACCGAGACCAAUUACCCCUAUACUGCUGCCGAUGGAUCAUGCAGUGCUAGCAAAGAAGGAAAUCCCGCUGCUACAAUAAAAGGAUAUGAAGAUGUGCCUGCCAACAACGAAGUCGCAUUGAUGAAGGCAGUGGCUAGCCAGCCGAUUUCUGUGGCAAUUGAUGCCGGGGAUUCCUCGAUCCAGCUCUACGAGAGUGGGAUAUUUACAGGAGAAUGUGGAACUGAAUUGGACCAUGGGGUGACUGCUGUUGGAUAUGGUGAGAGCGGUGGGAUGAAGUACUGGCUGAUCAAGAACUCUUGGGGUGCUCAAUGGGGAGAAGAAGGAUACAUCCGAAUGCCAAGAGAUGUCUCUGCCAAGGAAGGCAUUUGCGGUAUUGCUAUGCAAGCUUCUUACCCCACUGUCUAA